AUGACUAUCAUCAAAUCCAUCACUGCCUUGUCCUUCAACGCCUCAUCCAUGACCCAUGGUUCAAUUUCCAGCGGAAGCAUGAGCUCCUUCGGCCAAUCAUCAAACGGAACUGCUGGUGCUGUUGCUGACCUCGGCAAAGCCAUUGCUCCAAUCAUCGACACUGUAACUGGUACUGUCAACGGCCUUUUGGCCACUACCUUCAAGACUGUUGAUAGUGUUACCAGCGGACUUGGAAUCUAA